GCGGAAUAAUUAUUGAUAUUAAAAAAAAAAACAAUAGUAAAUACCAAAAGUAUAAACAACUGUGGCUUCUGAUUUCUUUGAAAAAUUAAUAUCUAAGACAAUAAAUCAAUAAAAAAAAUUAUAAUUAAAAAAGAAAAAAGAAAAAGUACCAUCUUUGGUUGAGGGUCGUGCUCGUGCAACUGCAAAGGACACAAAGGGUUGAAGAGCAUGAUGGAGCUGUGUGUGUGAGUAGAGAGAGAGAGAGAAGGGCCUCUACAUAUAUAUAAACGAUGGAAUCAGCUUAGCUUUGGAGGGAGGAGUAGUUUUGGUUGGGGUCGGUUUUUUAUGUUGCAACGUUCAGUCGGUUAAGUCCAAAUUCCAAUACGACUUCAAUUAGUAAUAGGAAACCUUAAUCCCAGUUCUAAUUAAGUUAGGAUUAGGAAAUCCCAAUCCUAAUUAAUCUAGGAUUAGGAAAUCCCAGCUAGCGGCUCCAAGUAAACAUCGUUUAUAUAUAUAGACCCAUUAACCCAGCUACGAGAGUUCACGAACAAAAAGAAAAACUUACAAACACAAGCGCUCCUCAACCACUCCAGUUAGGCUAUCAGUGAUCUGAGCUCCUCAACCACUUUGUCCUCCACAGAGAAUCAGAAGAGGCUUGAAAAUGGAAGUUACGAAUUUUUCUCCUAUUAUUCCUCGACCAUAUCCUUGGCUUAUAAUUUGUGAUGGGAAAAAUCAAGAAAGACAAACUUUGGUUAACAUAUCGGACAAUCAUUUUAAGUCAAUGACAAUUCCUGAGAUGCGUAAUAAAUCAAUAUGCACUAGCACAAAGGAAUGGUUGGUGUUGAAAGAUCUUGACUCAAUGGAUCUUUGCCUUAUGAAUCUUACUUCUAAAGAGGUGGUGCAGCUCCCACGUUUGGAAUCUACUAUUACAACGGAUAUUUGUAUUCUAUCAUCACCAGAAAGUGGAUCUAGCCAUGAUUGUCAUGUGAUGUUCAUCGAUGGUUUGACAUUCUAUUUUUGUCAACCUGGAGAUAAGAAAUUUAGUGAACAAGUGUUUGAAUUUGAUUUGGAAGGUAGGUUGAUGUGGAUACCUACAGCUACAAUGUUUAGAGGGAAGGUUUACUUUUUGACAAUUAUUUCGGAAGGACCUAAUGAAUUGUUUACCGCUGAAUUUGUGAAUUCAAGUCUUCAUUUUACAAAAUUUACAAGCAAAAACCUUCCUGUGCCGUUACCUCCAGAAAUAGUUGAUUAUCUUGUAGAAUCUAGUGGUGAGCUCUUAUUUAUUCAAAAGAUGAGGGGUGGAUGGAAUUUUAACAAGAUUCUUGGUUUUUCCAUUUUUCGAAUGGAUUUUUCAAGUCAAAUGUGGGUGCAAGUGAACAACAUAAGAGGGCAGACUAUCUUUCUUUCUCAGCCUUACGGUUUAAAACAUAAGGCUAUAUCUUGCUUUGCAAGAGAAAAGGGAAUAAGAAAAAACUCAAUCUAUUUUACAAAGUGUUCUGAUAGGUAUAUUUAUAUUUUUGACCUAGAAGAUCAUAGUAUUUCGAAGUCAUUAUCUUGUCCAAUUGUAAGCAAACAUAAUUCAAGACUUGAUUGGGUUAUGAUUCCUUAAAAGAAAUCAUAAAAUUAAUGUUAACAGCUUUUGUUCUAAUUCUGCUCAAGUUGGUCAUUAAUUAUGAAGAUUUCGAGGAUACUCUUAUUUGUUGCUGAUAUUGAUUCUUACAAGAAGAAACACCAAACUUGGAACAAUUAGUGCUUCACUCUACAUGUCCCCUCAUUUUGUAUUGAACAAUUGGUGCAUAUGUGAUAUUGUUACGUUAAUUAGAAUCGGUUUUUCUUUA